AACUGAAAUUUAAAAACAGCCAAGAAUUUCGAUCUCGAGAGAGAGAGAGAGGGAGAGAGAUGAUAAGGGCAGUUAUGGUGAUAAACACGCAAGGCAAGCCUCGCCUUGCUAAAUUCUACGAUGCUCAGCCUGUGGAGAAACAGCAGGAGCUCAUCCGCAACGUCUAUGGAGUUUUAUGCAGUAGAGCUGAGAAUGUGAGCAAUUUUAUGGAAGCGGAAUCGUUUUUCGGUCCGGACACUAGACUUGUUUACCAGCACUAUGCGACUCUGUACAUCGUGUUUUUAUUUGAUAGUUCUGAAAAUGAGCUUGCCAUGCUUGAUUUGAUACAAGUAUUUGUGGAAACGUUGGACAAAUGCUUCAGAAAUGUGUGUGAGCUUGACAUAGUUUUCAAUUACAGCAAGAUGCAUACCAUAUUGGAUGAGAUCAUAUUUGGAGGUCAAGUGUUGGAAACAAGUUCUUCAGAAGUUAUGAAGGCCGUUGAAGAAAUAUCCAGGUUAGAUACAGCUUCAAAUUCUAUAUCCCUUGUCCCAAAAUCUGUUUCUAGUUGGCGGAGUCGGUAGCACAAGUGCAUUGGUGAUUUUGACGAGUAUCAUCUCUUCUAAACAUGAUCACCCUUAGCCGCCAAACUGUUUUCUGGAUAUAAGUCAUGUGAGCUAUUGCAAGAAUCAGCCCAUGUUUGCUUCAACAAUCUGAACUAUUGUUUAGGAUUCAAACCGUAGUUCAGGAUUUAAAUUGAUAUUUAGGAGAAGACAAUUUAAGGACAAUUCAAAUCAUUAAUAAUGGUUCAAACCCUUGAUUUUAGAAUUCACUCCCCUC